GUUUUACAUUUUACCAGGGCAGUUCUUUCUCUGCGCCUGGGUUCUUCAAUCAACGAAAUACACGUGUGUUUUUGCACGCAAAGUUUUCUUUAGUGUUUGCCAAUGUCGCGUGUAUAACCCCUCUCCACUUCACAGUUUGGAUUUGCAGGCUACGUGGUUACAAGUUUUGGUGUUAUCGAACCGAUAUUUAAGCAAAUCUUGCGAUCAUGUCCCAGAUGUCGUCCUCUCACCCAGUGGCCAGCGGCCCGAUGCCAGUCCGGACCGCUGAGACUGGCGCAGCACCGUCCGUACCCAACACGGCCAGCCAGAUUGCUGGUCAGGCUGUGCAGGGUCCUGCGGGAGCAGCAGGGGCAGGUCCAACUGAGAACAUGGCAAACACCAAAGAGAAGACACCCAUGUGCCACUUGAAUGAGCUGGCGCGGUUCAACCGCCUCCAGCCCCAGUAUGAGCUCAUGGAGGAGACCGGUCCCGCCCAUGAGAAAACCUUCACCGUCAGGCUGGUGCUUGGAACUCAGAAAUUCGAAGCCAAGGGCACCAGCAUCAAGAAAGCCCAGCACAAAGCUGCGGAGCACGCCCUCUUGAACUGCAACCUCCCGUCCCCGAAACCCAGACCGCCCCGCACCACCAAAUCCACCCAGCCCAACCCCAACGCCCUGACCGCUACCGUCGAGCUCAACAGCAAGGCCAUGAAAGCCGGCGUCAUGAUCCACUACAGUCCCCUGGGGCCUGACCCCAUGCCCUUCACCAACUACUACCGCGCUGGGGGGCGUGGGGGGUUCCGCCCUCCCAGACCCCAGGGGCCCCAUGGGGGACCAGGGCCUGGUGGUGCGCCCAUGCAGGGGGCUAUGAGACCCCAGGGGCCGGGGAUGGGGGGCGAGCCGCGGGGACCGGGGAGUCCGGGUGACUUCCGGGGACCACGCUCACCAUUUCCAAGGUACCCUGGACCCCGCCCUACCUUCUACAUCAAAGUCGCAGUGGGCAACAGGGAGUUCAUUGGAGAAGGCCGCACCCGCAAAGACGCUCGCCAGAACGCCGCCCUGAAGGCCUUGAAAUCCAUCGAGGCCGAUCCGUUACCGGAAUGCAAGGACGAGGCCGUUAGUACCUCAGACCCUCCUGCCAACUCAGUCAAAGACAAGGAGGAAGAUGGUCUCAAGUCUGACAUCAGCGUCGUCUACGAGAAAGCCCACCAGCACAACCUGUCUGUCAACUUCAACGUCACGGAGGAGAAAGGUCCCCCGCAUCUCAAGAACUUCAAGGUGGAGUGCAUCGUCGGGGAGUACAAGACGGAAGGCACGGGCAACUCCAAGAAGAACGCCAAGCGCAAAGCAGCGGAGCUGAUGAUCAAGAACCUGCAGAUGCUGCCCACCAUGCCAAAAGUAGAGCGCCCUCGCCCUUACUUUCAGCUCAAGAAGAAGAAGAGCAAGUCCCUUAUUAAGACCCGUGCCACCAAUCCCGAGUACGAGGCCUCGGGUCUGAACCCCAUCAGCCGUCUGGUGCAGAUCCUGCAGGCCAUCAACAAGAAGGAACCAGUCUUCACUGUCGCAGAAGACCAGGCAGUCAAUGAGCACCCCGGGAGGCCUGGACCGCGUAGUCGCCGCCGGGAAUUCACCAUUCAGGUUGCAGCCGACAACAAAACCUGCAUUGGCAAAGGCCUCAAGAAGAAGGCGGCCAAGCGAGCGGCGGCCGAGGAGAUGCUGAGGGAGAUGGGAUACUCCUCCAACCCUCCAGCCUCGGCCAGCACCCCUGGCAAAUCAGCUCUCAAGUCUAACAUUGAGGGUGAGGAAAGUGGCGGAGGAGAUCGUAAGGUGACCUUCAAAGAAGACCCAGACAAGAAAGUUGGAGAGAAGAAGAAGUUGGAGUCGCCCAUCCCAGGCCACAAACUUGCCCCGGGGCUUCUCCCCAUGAUGCCUGGCAUCAACACCGUGGCGGGCUUCCCCGGGCCCAUGGCCUCCUCCGUCAAACAGGAACCGGUCACACCAGUCGCAGGCCAGCUGAACCGCGCUCCUGGUGCCCCUGUCACCGGCGGCCCGAUCGGUAAGAAGUCCGCCGCUCCGCUGAGCAGCGUGACCGCCGACAUCGCCCGCGAGCUCCUGACCCAGGGCAGCUCCCCGACGGCCAACGCCAUCAUGAAGGGCCGGCCGGGCAACUUCGUGGAGAAGAAACUCGUCCGCCAGCGUCAGCAGCUGGAGUUCCUGGCUCUGGUGCAGGGGCUGGGUUUGCAGUUUACUGACUUCCCUGAGGCAAACAAGAACGAGCUGCUGUCGCUGGUAGCCGUGUCCACCGAUCCCAAGCUGGUCUGCCACGGCGCCGGCCCAACGCUGGAGGCCUCGCACGACGUGGCCGCCAUCGCCGCUCUCCGCUCGCUGGCCGGCAUAGACCAGGAAGAAGACUUGACCAAAAAUUCAAAUGCCAAACGACCUCAGAAUGCCACAAUGAAGUAGGAACUAACUCCAACCCGUAAGUUUGUUGCUCAAAAAAGCAGACAAAAAUAUGAUUUCAACUCUAGUCAAUUUUUGGGUCAGAUAUACAAACAAGAUUUCAUAAAAUAGUCCAUUAUGACUUCGUUCCGUUGGGGGAGGGGGGUGUUAA